AUGCCGAGACAAACUGCGUCCGAAGGUAUCGGGUUCGAUCCCCGGUCACAGCCUUGGGUGUUGUGCGCGUUGAAAGUCGGAAUAAACAUUACAACAACAAAAAAAGACAUGGAGGAUGCUUUUGAAGAUUAUGAAGUAUGGAAAGAACGAAUUCUAAGAGAGGCUGAAGAAAUUGCGGCUAAUAAAAACCUAAAAAAAUUAGAAACAUUAGUGGAGGUUCCAGCAAACAAUGCUAGUGAUGACGCUAUCUUGGAAAGAGUAAAAAAACAAGCUAUUAAUCAUCUUCCAGAAGGCUGGAAGGAAUGGAAUGUGGCAAUGCUAAAAAAAGAAGACAUUCUUGGAUCGCCGGCUGACCCACAAAUUCUCAACAGAUUAAAGUUCGCUAUUCCUACAAUAGGCUUGGCCCAGGCCUUCUUUCCCAAUCUGUCUUACAUCUCAGAAAAGGUCUUAAGGGACUUAAAGAUAAAAAUGCUGGAUUGGGAAUUUUGUAUAGGCCUUAUUACCACUUAUGUUGUCAUUCAACUGGGGAAUGAAACCUCAGGAAACGAAAGCUCCACCAGCACUAGGAAACAAAACAACAGAAAAAGUGGCCUAGAUAAACUUGAGGAAAGUAACAAGGAGGUGAAAGAUAUGUUAUCUACAAUUUUGCAAAGACUUAAUCAACAGGAAAACGAGGAAGAGUACUUAGACGAGACAUCUGAUGAUGAAAAGGAAAACGAACCAGAGGAAGAACAAGAACCAGAGGAUGCAGUGGAAGACGAUAGGCCUUGGGCCCCUCCAGCACUACAUCCCCAAGAAGAUGAAGAAGACAUGGAAUUUGACUUCACGCCUAAGACCAAAGAACAAGAUCUUGUAAUUCCAGCCCCAAGACAUAAUAUUCUUGAGCAGGGAAGGGAGUGCCAAAGACUGGGUCAACUCUCAUUUAAUAAAAUAAGAUACUCCGACGUACACAAAAAAUUGCAUGCGUCACCAGUCUUCAGUGCGCUAAAAGAACAACUUUCGAAAUAUGAUGCAACUUUGGGCCCUAUCCUGCAUGGCAUGCUCUUACAAAGAGAAGCUUUUUCAAAUGCCCUCGGUGAGAUAAUCAAAAAACAUCCACAAACAAAGGCAGAUCUUCACACAAAUUUGGUUAAAGGAGAAUUUAGACAAAUAUCAGAUGAUCUGGUACAAUACGUAUGCGGUCGACGCGCAGAAACAAUUGAUCAAAGACGAAAAAUCCUUAAGCCUAAAAACGAAUAUGUUGCGUCACUGCUUGAGAACAUUCCCCCUUCGGAUACUCACCUAUUCGAAGAAAAUUCAUUCAAUGAUUUUCACAAACAACAUGAGCAGUUAUUUCGGCCUUUUUACUCAAAUAGGUCAACGUCAAACCGAUUUAAAACGGAAAAGACGCACAGACCAAUGCCAAAAUCAAUAGAAAAUAGGCCCAGAACCAACACUAAAACGUCCUCGGGUGGAGAGACCUGGAGAAAACCCGCAAAGCCUUACAAAAAACGUGAGACUACAAGAGGCGUUCAUAAAUCCUACAGGAAAGGGGGGCAAUUAAGGAAAUACAUUCAAAACUGGGAGUCCCUGGGUGCCCCAGAACAUAUUUUAAAAAUAAUCAAGGGAUAUCGUGUUCCAUUUAUAAAAAAACCUCCCCUUACUCGUUUAAUAAAAAAAAUAUCAACAUCAUUUCGCACCCUGGGCAUGAAAACGGAAAUAAACAAUAUGUUAAAAGAAAAAGUACUAGAAGAAUCACAAUUUUCAACAGGAUUUCUUUCCAAAAUGUUUCCUCGCCACAAACAGAACGGAAAAAUACGCCCAAUCUUCAAUCAAAAAGGAUUAAACAAAUUUUUGUCCCCGAAAAAGUUUGGCCUAAUCAGUCACCUAAAAGUCCCACAAUUUCUUCAACGGGAAGAUUUUAUGGCAAAAAUCGAUAUCCACCAGGCCUACUUGCAUAUAGCAAUAAGCCCACCUCAUCGAAGGUUCCUGUCCAUGUUAUUCGAAGAAAAACUCCUUCAAAUGACAUGCCUUUCCUUUGGCCUGUCAACAGCUCCUCAGACCUUCGCAAAACUUUCAAAUUGGAUAGCCAGUCAACUAAGAGACUUAGGUAUUCGCAUAAUUGUCUACCUAGACGACUUUCUUUUGGCAAAUCAAAAUCGGAAAGUUCUUGGACAGCAAAUUCAACUCACAAAAAAAUCUUCUCAACCACCUUGGCUGGGUCUACUGUGGAAUACCAAAAAAAGGCACAAUAUCUUUACCAAACAAAAAGAAAUAUGCAAUAAAUCAGGAGAUUGUGCAAAUAUUAAAACUUCGUCACUGGAACUGGGAAAUGGCAAAAAGACUUCUUGGAAAACUCAAUUUUGCCACGACAGCGAUCCCCCUCGGAAGACUCCAUUCAAGAUUUCUUUAAAGAGCAAGCGUCGUACUACCAGAAUCAUCGCCCAAAAAGCUUUUCGAGAUCCCAACCCCUGCAGCGAAAGAAUGUCUUUGGUGGCUAAAUCACCUAAGCUCAAAAGCCCCUCUCUUUCAAAAGGACACAUCCAUCUUUAUCACAACGGACGCAUCGAACAAGGGGUGGGGAGCCCAGGUGGAAAACCACCUAAUCCGGAGAACUUGGAAACCUUACCAAACACAAUGGCACAUAAACAGGAAGGAACUGUACGCCGUCUUUGCAACUAUAAAGUUGCUCAAAAACAAAAUGAAAGGCAAAGCAGUACUCCUUCAAACGGACAACCGAACGGUCAUAGCCUACAUUCAAAACCAGGGCGGAACGAAGUCACUCCCUCUGCUAGAGCUAGCUUCUCGUUUUUUAAAACUAACCAACAAAAUGAAAAUUUACUUGACAGCUCAUUAUAUCGCAAGCAAUUACAACAAUGUAGCGGACAACUUGUCACCCCAAAAAGUCCUUCCCGAUUGGCAUUUGUCCAAUCACAUAACCAAAAUGAUCUUUCAAAAAUGGGGAAUACCAGUUGUGGACCUUUUUGCAACGAACAGAUCAAAAGUAGUACCCACUUACGUGUCUCGGGAUGCCAAAGAUCACUCAGCCCUCUUCACCGAUGCAUUCAGUCGAAAAUGGUGUUUUCAACUGGCGUGGGCAUUUCCUCCCCCAAGUCUGAACCACGCGAAAGGAAUCUAUAUUUUAAUAACACCAAAAUGGGAACGCGUUUUUUGGCGGGCAGAUCUGAAGGCUCGAGCGCUAGCACCUCCAUUACAAAUUCGAAUCAACACUUAACGGACAUGUCAACAUCCAUGCCACUGAAACAGGCCCACCAGCUAAAUUUGGAGGCCUGGAAAAUACAGGAAGACGCCAAAUUACUGGAAAGUUCCUGGAGAGAAUCGUCCCUGAAAACCUAUUCAGCUCCUUGGAAACAAUGGCUAGUCUGGUCUUCAAAGGAAAAUGUCAGUCCUAACGAUCCCUCUCCAAAUCAAGUGGCUCAAUAUUUAUCAUAUUUACACAGGAAAAAGAAAUUGGCACCUACAACCAUCAAACUUCAUAAAUCUGUUAUCGCUACUUUUUCAAAUCCCUUAAAAAGUGAGAAUAUUACUAACGACCCUACAGUUAAACAUAUAUUAAAAGCAAUCGAAGCCUCUAAGCCUCAACCAGGUCGAAAAGUUAUUUGGGACAUAAACAAACUUAUUGAUUGGAUGAUAAAGGAAGACAUCGACGAACAAAGUGCAUUUCAAGUAUCACGCCGAACAUCCAUUAUUCUCCUGCUAGCCUCAGGGCGAAGAGUACAUGAUUUAACGCUUUUAAAAAUCGACAAAAACUCUAUUGAAAUCAGCGACAACUCAAUUAUACUUUGGCCCGAGUGGGGCUCCAAAACCGAUAAAAAUCCAGUAUUUUGGAUCCAAAAACUGAUCCAUAUCACUCAAAAAAGACGAACAACAAGAGAAAAUUUAUUAAAUCUAUUUAUAACGGUUAGAGGAAAAGUAUCGCAAGCGUCCCGAAGUACCAUAGGGGGAUGGAUUAAAACUGCUUUUAAAGAAGCAGAUCUCCCAUUCUCCCCGGGGAGUAUCAGAUCAGCAGUAGCGUCGGCAAGAUGGAAUAACAAUACUCCCCUAGAUGAUAUUCUAAAAAACGGGCAAACAAAACUUUUUUAA